AUGGCCAUUAAAAUUAAUAAUUUAAAAAUGAAGCACGGAUCAUCCAAAGGAGGUCAAAGCCAUCAGGCCCAUACUCAGUCAUCAAAUGUGCAUAACUCAAACAAUCCUGCUCAUCAUGCUGCAGCAGAUAACAAGAGCAAUCAGAUGAAUCCUAAUAAUCCGAGCUACUCUUCGAGUAGACAAGGAUCUUCUCAAGGGUCAUCUCAUAAGCAUUAA